GCUAGCAAGUCGAUCGUAUCCUCCUUCCCGAGCCCGACAUCUCUCUCGCGGGCUGGCUCUUCCUCCAGUCGCCGGCUACGGUUCCGCGUUCCCGAGCUCCGCCCCCGUGCCGCCACCGGUAGGUCCACUCCGAGCCCGCGCCGCCGCCGGUCGGUCCCUUCCGCCGACCGCAAGAGGGCGAAAUAACCCCACUCGGCACCACCACCCCCUUCCCCAAUAACGUAAGAGGGCAACUCGUGACCAUCCAGUCUAGUUCGAGGCGAUCCAAGAAACAAGAUGAGUGCGCCCGUGGAGAGGUCCACGAAGGAAAGAACCAUGGAGGCGAAUAAGAGGAAACUACGGAGGGAUGAGGAGGAAGAUGCGUGGAUGCGGAGAUUAGCAACAAUGCGAGAGAGGAGAAAGGAGAAGAUGAUGAGGGAGAAAAUAAAUCUAGAGAAAGCGGGAGAAAAUGACUCGUCUUUUGUGCUGGUGCCAGGGGCGAACCUUUUUUUCACCGAUCCCAAGGCGUUCUUCAGCGAGAUUUACAAAGAUGAGAAACCAGCCCCCAACAAGGUGGAAAUCCCUACUCUUGAUCGCUUCGAAACUCCGACCAUUUUUCACACCCGGCGGUUGCUCCCCAUCCGUGAACCUGGAAGCAAGGCCGUGCUCUCCGCUGCUAAAUCUCUACUUGGGAUCUCAUCCUCUCUCGGUGGCGAGCCGCUCAAACGGUGCUCUGGUUUCUGGAUUGACUUCGACGAGGGGAGCAAAACCGGCACUGUGUUGACGACCGCGCAUCUGAUUCACACAAAUGAUCCUCCUGACACCAGCAGUGACGUCUGGAUAGACGAAGCACAUUACGAUUCGAAAGCUAAUGUCACCGUUCAUUUGCUAGAUGGCACCACUGCAGAGGCACAGCUACUCUACUACCAGCCCCAUUAUGAUCUUGCUGUCUUGAGUGUUAAAGUGGAUCAACCAGUUCAUUUGCCAUCUUUUAACGAAGGAGUAAAAUUUUCUCAGAAGGUUUUUCGGCUAGGAAGAGACAAUUCAUUGAAACUAAGGAUAACAUAUGGUCGGGCAGCAUAUUUUAAUCCAGACAUGUAUGAGCGGUACCACAACAUGUACUUUGAUUGUGCAGAUCAUGAUAGUGAUAGUGAUGAUGAUGAUGAUGAUGAUCAUGAUAACGAGUAUGACGAUGGAGGGAUAGUCAUUGACUUGGAUGGAGGGGUGGUUGGAAUGGUCAACAUUAGUAGCACAUUAGGGUCUUUUAUCCCUUCUUCCAUUUUGCUCAAGUGUUGGGCUUCAUGGAAGAGUAAAGGGAGAAUCCUUCGGCCCCACCUAGGAAUGAUGUUUAAGGCCAUCAAGCUUCUAGAACCUGCCUUUGUUGAUGAUAUAUGGCGUGCAUAUAACAUUGAUGAUGGUCUUAUUGUUCAAGAGGUGUCGAAAGGAUCUUAUGCUGAAAAGAUUGGCAUUGAAAGAGGUGAUAUUAUUGAAUCUUUCAAUGGAAGCUGUAUUUCUACUACAGUUGAGUUGGAAAAUAUGUUGAUGAGUUUAUCCAAUGACUCUUUGGACAGUCAAAAGUGCCUUAAUAAUGAAUUUCAUUUUUCGGUUGUGGUAUUUCACACGCUAAGAAAACAACGAACGACAUCUUUGUUGACAGCAAAUGUAUCAGAAUGUGGAGAAGUUAUAGUAAAAGGUCAUCUCGUCUCUUGAAAAAGGGAUGCAAAUCUACUGGAUAUGUUCCUUUUUUUUCCUUCCAUUAUGUUGUUUCUGUUGUGAACAUUCCAUGACCAUUAGUUCUAGUCUAGAUUCUCGUAAACUUGGUGUACACUAAUAACCGUAUCUUGUAAAAAUGUGUGUGUAGACUGUUCUCGAGAAAUAUACUCAUGAUAUUCUGACACUGUUGGCGGUUAUUAACAUCAUGGUGCCUCUGCAGAAAUAUGGUCUUUGUAAUAUUAUUCGGUAACAAUAUAAGAGACAUCAAGAUGACAUCAAUAUAUGUUCACUUGAGGAUC